AUGACGGACCCUGAACGCAGCACCUCGGCAUGGACGACGACACUUGUCUGUCUGGCCAUUGUCGUCUUUCUGAUUUUCAUCAGACCGCGGUCUUCUUGGUCACAUCUGCCUCUGCCUCCCGGACCGCCGGGCGAGUUCCUCCUUGGUCACCUCCGUGUUAUACCCAAAGAGAGGGCAGCCGAAGUAUACGCGCAAUGGGCCAGGGAAUACAAAUCAGAUAUCAUUCACGUCAGGUCCCUUGGCCAGUCCAUGAUCGUGCUGAACAGCGUUGAAGCCGCCAAGGAUCUCCUCGACCGUAGGGGGGCCAACUACUGCGACAGGCCCAGAUUUACCCUAUUCGAGGUCAUGGGCUGGGGGAAGACGCUGACCUUUCUGCCCUUCGGUCCCCGCUGGCAGAUGCACCGAAAGCUGCUGCAGACCACUUUCAGCAACACAAAUGUGCGGCAGUGGUACUCUUUACAGGUUGCCGAAGCCCGCAGGUCCGUCCACAAUAUCAUACAGAACCCAGAGAAUUGGGAAAUGUCCAUGAAAAGGUUUGCUGUUGCCAUUGUUCUCAAAGUGAGCUAUGGCAUCGACGUCCCAGAUGAUGACGACCCGUACGUUAAGAUUGCUGAAGACGCCAUGUAUGCGACUGGAAAUGGCGGUGUUCCCGCCAGCAGCAUCGUUGACAUAUUCCCCCCUGCUCGUCAUUUUCCCGACUGGUUGGUUCGAGACUGGUCGCUGAAAUUUGCGCGAGAAUGGGGAUGGGCUAUACAGAAGCUGCAUGAUGUUCCGUUCGCAGUUGCACAAGACGAAGUGGCUCGUGGCAAGGACAGCCCAUCUUUCGCGCACGCGCUGUUGGAAACGUACACAUCCAACACCAAGAGUGGUCUCGAUAACGAGUGGUCACUGGACGAUAUCAAGGGGGCAGCAGGUGCCAUCUUCAUUGCAGGAGCAGACACGACUUGGGCCACCAUUGUUGUUUUUGUCCUAAAUAUGGUGCUGAAUCCUGAGAUUCAGAGAAAAGCUCAGGCAUUGAUCGAUCGGGUGGUCGGGCACGACAGGCUACCCGACCUCUCAGACAGACCAUCCCUCAAAUACAUUGACCAUGUUGUCCAGGAGGUCUACAGAUGGUCACCGUUGGCACCGCUGGGGCUUCCCCACAAGUCCCUCGAAAACGACGUCUAUAACGGCAUGUUCAUCCCGAAAGGGUCAAUUGUCUUCUUCAAUUCGCGCGCCAUGACUCAAGAUGAGAGGAUAUACCAGGACCCCAAGUCUUUCAACCCAGACAGGUACCAGCCAGAAUCGUCUGGAGGACAUGGUGAGCCCUUGCCCCUUGGGCAAUUUGGAUUUGGGCGUCGAGUCUGCAUCGGCCGGUUUCUGGCGGACAACAGUGUUUGGAUGGCUGUCGCUACGAUGCUCGCCACUCUCAACAUCGGCAAGAAAGUCGGAGCAGAUGGCCAAGCUAUCGAGCCCAAGGUUACGUUCACCAAUGGUGGAACAUGGUAA